AUGGAGCGCUCCGGGAAGAACCUGAAUUGGCCCAAAGGUGCAGUUCGGUUCCCUCAGUAUAGCAUGCUUCCCCCAGAGCUCAGGAUCAUGAUUGUCCAGGAGGUGGCCUCCGAGAUGAUCUACGGGGAGCCUAUUUUGAACUUGCUCAAUUGGCGCGACAUGACUCAAACCUCUCUGCCAGUCCAGUCUCUCCUCCUGGUCAACAGAGAGAUGAACGUCCUCGUGCGAAGAUGUCUUCCCUCGCCGAUAAAGAUCUCGUCUGGAAAGCUAUCCCAAAACUUCUUUCUCGACUUGGCGGCAUCGACACUCGUGGUUCCCAGUAUGCGUCUCCCGUCGAUGUCAGAGAAGAACAUGACAAGAGGUGGGGACCGCCCGGCGGAUGCACUUCAACCUCCUUUCAGAAAGUUGAUUUCGGUAUGGGAUCACUACUUCCGGCCCACGAUGAUUCCCAGUGCACAUGGAGAGGUCUUCCAACCCCGGAUUGGCAACGCUAGACUGCCUGAGCUUAAGGAGGCCACGUUCCUCACAAACUCAGGGCGUCACCUCGGUUUUGAUAUCGAAGAUUUCGGGUCCGAGAAUCUGUCGCAAGAUAACGUGCAUGGCUAUGCUCUUGGAAAUACACCUGCAGGCGUAUGGGUAGGAUUCCGCUACCACAAGGAUACUGGGCGUGUGCAAUUCACGCCUCUGAUCUACAAUGACGUUGAAUUCGCAUUCACAGUCGUGGCAGAAUCCGGGAAAUGGUCCCAAUUAUUCUAUCCCCUUAUGAUCCGAGUAUGGAUUAUGGAUCGCGGAGAGAAUCCUCCCGAUGAGCCCCAUCACAAGUGGACCGACGUACGGAAUCCAGGUCCCUUUGACCCAUUAUGGGUGUCCAAUGUAUGUGGUCUCUGGGAGUUGGCGCGCAAAACUUUAGAAGGACCUCGGUAUAGUCCGCUUCGUUUCGAAGACCCGCAAGGCUUGAUCAAAAUCACAAAAACCGGUUAA